GCGCAGUUUGUGUUUGGCCGACGGUUCGCGGACAGCGGCGGCGGCGGUUGGAGUUGGAGCGGGAGCGGGAGCGGAGCCCGGGCCCGAAUCAUUCACUAUGAAAAACAAGUGGAAGUAGUCAGCAGCUGAAAUGUGGUCCGUUAGCUAUCUCCACGAGUGAAAAUAUUUUCCACAAUGUACGCCGGAUAGCUGCUUUAUAUGAGAGCACAAGCAAGAUUUUGGUCUGCAUGAAAGUGCGCCGUAUGAAAUUGCGAUGGAUGAGUACACCACAAGGACUUAUGGGACUAGUGUGCAGGACAACAGGCCCUUGUUUGGAGAGACAUCAGCAAGGGAUCGAAUUAUCAACAUUGUUGUUGGUGUCCUCACAUCUUUAUUGCUGAUAGUAACCAUUAUUAGUGCUUUUGUUUUCCCACAAUUACCUCCAAAACCACUGAAUGUUUUCUUUGUUGUCUGCAUCUUGCUGACUUGCGCCUCCAUUGGUGUUCUUAUUUUCUGGUAUCGACAAGGUGACUUGGAACCUAAAUUCCGGAAUCUAAUCUACUAUAAUUUAUUUUCCAUCCUUUUGCUGUGCAUAUGUGCCAACUUAUACUUCCAUGAUGUUGGUAAAUGACUUUUCAGUACUGGCUCAAAUUCAGUUGCAGUCCAUCACGUGUUGAGAAAUGAAGAUGAUGAAUGAAGUUCUCCUGAAGUAGAAAUGGAAUUUCUGGUUUGCACAGCAAGGAAGAUGUUUUGUAAAUCUGGAAUGAGUUUCCUUACCAGCUUCGUAUUGUAAUACAUACCGGAUGCAGACUCUGUCCUACAUGAGCUGGGAUUGAUGCCACAAACAUUAAUGCAAUUUGUUUUCCAAAAUACAUUUUAAGACUUGCACUAAAAUGAACAUUCCAGACUUGCCAAGGUUUUGAGAUCACACAUUCUCUUUUUGUAAAAGGGUGUUUUUUUUUUCUUUCAUGCAAAUUGUUUUUUUAAUUAUAUAAAGCACUUGAAGACAAUGACCUGUUAAAGUACAACACAGAAGUAGAAAUAAAGAUACUGCAGGACAAAUAUACUUUUAUUUUGUCUUAAGUAAUGAAAUAAUUGCACUAUGCAGCCACUUAACUACUGGAGUUUUACAAUAAAAUAGCCAAACUAAGCCUGUGAACCAAUACUAGACAAUACAACUGUAAGAAAGCAUUGACUUUGUUUUAAAGAAUAAAUAGUAAUAAAAUAAUUUAUAUAUACUGAA